UUCUCUCCCUCUUCCACACACUAACAGCCCAGAGAGAGACACGUUUACUUGCUCUGAAGACGCUAAGGACAGCGAGUGACAGACCUGAGAGUAGCCAGAGAAGAGGUUUCAUCUGACCACCGACGGCUUGUUUAGGCUCCUCAGGGAGGAGAGGCAGAAUGUACUGGAACGUGGCCCUCCGGAGCACCUGGCUCUGGGUCAUUCUGAGUUUAGCUGCUGGUCACCUGACCGAGCAGGAGAAAUCAACUAUCGUGGACAUGCACAACGAGCUUCGCUCUAAGGUUCAGCCCAGUGCCGCCUUCAUGCAGAAAGUGGUGUGGGAUGAGACACUGCAUCUGCUGGCAGAAGCAUAUGCGGCAAAAUGCAUCUGGGAUCACAACCCUCAACUAAAGGAAUUCAGAAUGGGUGAAAAUCUCUUUUUAGGCACUGGACCAUUUAAUGCAACCAAAGCAAUGAUGGACUGGUUUGGAGAGCACGUGGAUUAUGACUUGGAAACCAAUAACUGUCCUGAAGAUAAAAUGUGUGGCCAUUACACUCAGAUGGUCUGGACAGACAGCAAUAAAAUUGGCUGUGCUGCGCAUUUCUGUGACAAACUUUUGGAUUUAGAGAAGGCCACUCUUUUCGUGUGUAAUUAUUACCCUCAAGAAAAUAUUGAGGAACAAAAGCCAUACGAGUCUGGAGUGCCAUGCUCGAGGUGUCCAGAUACCCUACCAGUGUGUGAGGACAACAUGUGCGUGGUUGAGGAUCUCUUUCAUCCAUCCGAGGGGCCGGGGGCAGAUGACACCGAAGAUCCGUCUGCCUUACCUGAGCGUCCACGAAUGACGACGGAGCCCGCUGCUGUUCCCGAAGAGCCCACACAAGUGCACGUUAAAAUUGAGACCGGCAUGGAAAGUGAAGCGAACCAUGGAUCCGAGAUGGAAAGCGUCUCAGCUCCUCUGGUGAUGCUUGUCUGGCUGCUGGUGGCUCUUGUUUUGUGAGGGUUUUGGAGUGGAUGAGAUCCGUCAUAAUCUGAUGAGACACACACAAAACAUUUCUUUAAAGGGGUCAUCGGAUGUCCAUUUUCCACAAGUUGAUAUGA